AUGCUGAAAAGGCGACGACAAGAACUGGAGCGCUUAACUGUGCGACCUUCAGACAGGCGCAAACGUCGACGAAGCCAUGACACGCGAGAAAGUCCACCAUCUCUGGAGACGUUGGCGUCGACAAGAAACAGCCAAUCAUCACAAAAUGCUCGUCCCCUGCCCUCUGGUUCACAAUUGCCUUUCAGUCAGCCGUCGGUGCCAACGAGAUACUCACAACCGCUGGUCGAUGAUCCCUCGACUUUACAACUUCCCUUUGAGCAACCACCUGAAAGUGCCUUGAACCCAAGAGCUAAUCGCAAAGCUAAGAAGAUCAUUUGGGUGCCUGUGUCGGCGAGAUCACGAGAACACAUUCGCAAGAUGAUUUCAUCCGCUUAUUCACUCGUUGAGCCUAGUACGAACGAAGAGACACAACGGCAGCUGGUCAACCUUGUCAAACUUGUGGAUAAAAAAGUCGGUCGCACACUUAUCCCGUCCACCGCACGCGAAAAGAUGUUUGAUCAAGAAAAGCUCACGCGCAGAAAUGCGGAAAUGCAGAACGAGCUGGAGCCGGAAAUCAAGGAAAAUGCACGAUUUCAAGCCCAGUUUUUAGGCGAAGAGAAAUUGCUUGAGGAGCAUACAAGUCAGGUAAAAGCCCUGCAACGUCAAAUCGAUGAUGACCAAUUCAUGAAAGCCAUGGCAGAAUUGAAGACCCAGUAUCCAUUGUUCGAUCAAGACCUCGCACCCAACGAUUACGUCCAUAAUCUCUUCAAAUAUCCCAGCUCCCUGUUCUCAUCAACGCAGUAG